AUGGGCAGCACAGACGACCACCCCAGUCUCACCUCCUUCCUCUCCCACAAAUACACCCACCUCGUCAUCGGCGGCGGUACAGCCGGUCUCGUUGUCGCAGCCCGCCUCUCCGAAAACCCAGAUAUCACCGUCGGCGUCUUAGAAGCUGGGUCCGCAGCUUUCGACGACCCGAAGAUCAACGUGCCAGGUCGCUUUGGAGAGACGUUGGGCUCGGACUACGAUUGGCAGUUUGAAUCUACACCACAGCCUGGAUUGAAUGGCAGGAGCUUGCCGUGGCCGAGAGGGAGAGUGCUGGGAGGGACAAGUGCAUUGAAUUUCAUGACGUGGAACAGGGGGUGCAAGGAGGACUAUGAUGCUUGGGAGGAACUGGGAGCGGAGGGGUGGGGUUGGGAAGGGCUGCUACCCUACUUUAAAAAGAGCGAGACAUUCCACCAACCAGACUCCGAACACCAGUCCAAACACAAAUCGAUUUUUGACCCCGAGCAACAUGGUACCGCAGGCCCUCUACAAACAACGUAUUCAGUCACAUACGGAGCCUCCCACCAGCACUGGCACGCUACCCUUCACAAACUGGGUAUCGAGACCAACAGCAGUCAUUUCUCCGGCUCGAACGUUGGUGUUUGGACCUCACUUACAGGCGUGACGCCAGAUAAGCGGGAAAGAAGCUACUCAGCAACUGCAUACUACAGACCCAACAGUGGCAGGAAGAAUUUGCACCUGUUGACAGAGGCGUUUGUGCAAGAAGUGGUUCUGGAGAAGGAAGGGCAAGCGUGGGCUGCAAAGGGUGUGCGGUUCACACAUGAUGGUGAAGAGCAUAUCAUUAGGACUGAAGGAGAAGUGGUCAUCUGCGCUGGGAGCGUGCAGUCGCCGCAGCUCCUGGAGCUAUCCGGGAUUGGCAACCCAGAAGUUCUUGAGGUUGCGGGUAUCGACGUCAAAGUUGAUAAUACAGCCGUUGGGGAGAAUUUACAGGAGCACAUGAUGACCGCCAUGAUCUUUGAAAUCGCCCCUUCAAUCGUCACACCUGAAGACCUGCGUGCCGAUCCAAAGUUGGCUGAAGCAGCAGAUAAAGAAUACGCCCUCUCGCAAUCCGGCCCCCGUACCGCAAUCCCCUCCUCUGUCGCCUACCUACCCUUCUCCCACUUUGUCUCUCACGAAGAGCUUUCCUCUCUGGGCAACUCCUUGCUCUCCCAAUCUAGCCCCAAAUCAAAGCCCAGCGACCGCAUCCUCGUUAACAGACUCUUGGCCGAUAAGAAUCUGGGUCAAAUCGAAUGGAACUUCGACGUCAGCAAUUACAGUCCGUACUUUAAAUCCCUGCCGGGAAAGAAGUACGCGACGAUGCUGCAGAUGCUACAAUACCCGUUUUCAAAGGGGAGCAUACACAUUCCUCCUACCCAGCAAAAGAACGGCUCCAAAGCAACCGCCACGGAGAAACCCGUCAUCGAUCCAAGAUAUUACGAUGGCAAAGGCGGGGAAGUCGAUUUCAAGAUGAUGGUGGCGUCCCAAGCCUACGCCGAUAAAAUCUGUUCCACCCCUCCGCUCUCAGACAUCAUCGUCUCCCGUGUCUACCCUCCUUCAGAUCCUACAGACCCAAACUACAAUUUCGCGGACUGGGUCCGCAACUCUACGAUCACGGACUGGCAUCCUAUAGGCACUUGUGCCAUGGGGGGAAGAAGAAAAGAAGAUGGAUAUGUCGUUGAUAGCAGACUGAGGGUCUACGGCACGAAAGGGUUGAGAGUAUGUGAUGCGAGUAUCAUGCCACUGCAUAUCAGCGCGCAUCCGCAGGCCACCAUCUAUGCGAUUGGCGAGAAGGGAGCGGCGAUCAUCGGGGAUGAUUGGAAGGGACGAUAG